UUCCAAUUUUUCUGAUUUGUGUUCACUUCUGAAUUAGCAGAUGUGCAGACGCCAGAAAAAUCUGGAGCUCCAAAAGCCCCCAGCUUCCCUGCAUGGUUCAACCCUAAAUCACACCACACACCAGCUUAUAGCAAUGUCAGUCUUAGCAUAUUAAUUAUUCUGGUUUAUUGUGCUCAUGUGGCGCAUGUUCCUGUGGGAUGUGAGUAGGGGCCCAGCAGGAACACCAGAUUUCCUCCUGUGUGAACAGGUGUGGGAAUUCCCAAUCAGUGAGGUUUGCAAAUGUGGGGUCAGUUUGUCAGGGAGGGUAAAUGCAUGUGUCAUUUAGGUUAAUGGUGUGAUACAUAGCUGGACAUGUGACUACUUAAAUAUCCUAGUCAUGAGGCACAUGAUGAAUGGUAAUAGGAUAAUUUAAAGUAUUCUAAUUAUGUUGGUGCUUUUUUUUUUCUGGUUGGGUUCGACUCAAACACACACUGUGUGUGUAUCAAGGAGUGUUUUUGUGUUAACAGAAGUGGGCUGAACCUCUUCAGUUUGAGUGCUUCCUCUCCCUCUGUCUCCUGAACCAGUGCAGGUAAAUGAGAUGCAGCUUUAAAUCCAGAUAGGAAAAUUAUCCUCAACAACAGCCCCCUAAAAUUAACGUCCCAGUUAUAUAUAUAUAUAUUUUUUAACCCCUACAUGAACUUCCGCCCUUGAGGACGUUACAACUCCUGUCUAAAUCUCCGGACAGCGUCGGUAAAGGUGAAAUUUCUCGCAGACUCCAGCUCACCAGUCCGCGGUACUCGCUCGUUUCCCUGCCGCAACUGCAGGGGUGGAACCCGGACUGACCCACAACCGAGACUUCCCCUGGUGCUUCUGCCGCUUCUGCUGCUCCACGCACCGGCUCAGUGUCUGCACGCAGUCAGCCUUGCUGUGGAGAAAUGGAUUCCCGCCUUUGAAUCAGCCCCAUCGAGAAGAUAGUGUGAUGUAUUUCGCCUCCCCCUGGCGGGCUGCGAGGGCAUGAGACUGCGAGGAGGGCGGGACUUCGACCCUGAUUCCCACCUGGAACUGGCCCCUCCUUCGCCUCCUCCUCCCCCUGCCCCUCCUCCUGUGGCCUGGUUACCCGGUGUCCUCAGCAAGGGUGUACGCCUUCGUCUACGUUUGGAUCGGCGUGACGACCGGGGGAGGGGCUGCUGGCAGCUGGUGGACUUAGAGGCGGAGUCUAAACCAGUUGGGCGGAGACUGAGGAGCCGGGUCGAUGACACCUGUGCACAAAGUCUGAUGAGUACCUUGUCUGCCGGCUCAGAGAUGCAGACUCCAGCUCUCGGCCCCCAGUUCAUGGUGGGGCCCCAGGGUAAGGUACCUGGCAGGAAGAGAGGACGGCCUCCUAUCCGUAAGCUGGAGUUCCAGAGUCACUACGUUGAGCCUAUGUUGCCUCUCAAGGUGCCGAAAAAGAGAGGCAGGAAACCUGGUUUUAAGCUGAAGCCCAGGAUGGUGAUGUCCCCACUAGCUAACUCUCCUCCCAGCAGCACACCAGAACCUGAGAUGGGCUCCCUCCCACAGGAUGCUGCUAUUGUCCCCCACUCUGCCACACCACAGGUCCUAACAGAAACACCAAUGCCUGAUGACUUCUUAUGUGACCCGCCAGUUGAUUCCAAGCGCUACGCUGUAGAUCCCAGCGACUCUGCCUUCAAUGUCAUGACAUCACAGUACCAGCCAAAGCACUCCUAUGGUUACCGUGGCAGCAGUUGUUCUGCUCCAGUGGGCUUAUGCAGACAAGCAUCGAGCCCAGGAAGCUUCCAGGAAGGAAACAGAAAUGCUUACAGUCCAAUGCCAGACACCGGUGAGUGCAAGCGUCCUGCUGGUAAGGACCCGUCCAGCUGGGGUGUUGAGGAAGUUGUUUGGUUCAUCAAAGAUGCUGACCCCCAAGCUCUGGGACCCCAUGCUGAAGCAUUCAGAAAACAUGAAAUAGACGGAGACGCUCUGCUCUUGCUGAAAAGUGAGAUGAUGAUGAAGUAUCUGGGACUGAAGCUUGGACCUGCGCUUAAACUCUGUUACCACAUCGACAGGCUCAAACAGAAUCGGUCGUGAUUUGCUGCAGAGGAGACAAACCCCUGAUCACCUUUCACUAAAACUGUACCGCUGCAGAUUCUCUCAAACUUUCUCAACCAUCAGCAAUACUUCAUGAACGCCUCUGGAGCCAGAUUGCGCACUCGGCGGCUUUUACUGCGACUUCACCUUAUUUUUGUACAUAUUAAGACUAUUUACAGCUGAAGCAGUUCUUUCAUUUCCAUCAUCGUUUUGCUAUCUGAAUGGCUUUAGGUUGUAAAUAGCUUAGCUCCACAUGGCAGCUACUGUAUAUCCAAACAUGACCUGCAUUGACGUCUGCAGUCUGCACACAGCUUACUUAAGUCAUUUGUGCAGAUCUUAAUCAUGGACGCCGCAUCAACACCUCUGAAGACCCACAGAGACAGGGAGCUUAACAGACUUGUAUGGUGCUUUAACUUUUAAACUUUAAGAAGUCUUUAGGUUACGUCUCAAUGCUGCUGCAGUUUUAAAAUUAUUGUUUUGUGAGUUAGUUUUGUUGUUAACUGAUGAUAAUGAUGACCCAGGUAUCACUCCUAGACACGCACUGUAACUAAUAAUUGAUUUCUUCAGGAAGCAUUCAAAUCUAUUUGACCGGUAGCUAGCGUGAGUAACUCUUGAGUCAAUCCAAAUUAAGAAUAAGAUUAAGAGUAUUCUUAAUGAAAGGGAGAAAUAAUGACCCAUGGAUGAGAUUUUUUAAAGGUUUUAUCUGAAUAUUCAAACGUGAAAGCUGCAUAAGAAACUUUGUUGUUGCGAAACAAAAUUAUUUUUUUCAACGUGAACAUUUAUUUUACCACAAACCACAGCACAGCACAGCACAAGAAGCGAUAAGAUGUGACAGCAGUCAGAGCUGCAUAUAAUCACACUGCGAUCACAGGAUGACAGGAAGGAAAGGAGACAUAGGCAGACGCUUUUUCAUCAUGUUCUCAUGAACUGUAUAUCAUGUGCAUUCACUGGUUUUCAAUGACAAUAUUGAAUGGCGGGCCACUUUGCAGCCUACCUUGUGAGGCUUUUGUUUUACUUGGGGGUUGCAUUGUAGCGUGAGAGAAAGUAACUUGUAGCAAACUUGGUGCUCACUUUAACCAUUAAUGCCACUACAAUCACAACACUUAACAAUUUAAUCACUCUCCUCAUACACUUCAUCACUAACUCUUCCAGAUAAAGCUACAGUUUACAUUCUUGUCAUACAAUACCUGUUCAGUCAUUGUAAAUGCAUCAUCAAAUGUUUUGUUCUACCUGACGAUAAAGCAGUAUUUCACCUCUAAACUGUAUAAAGAGACAAACUAAUAAGUAAAAUGUCUUUAGCAUUAAUGAUUUGACUUUUUUUCUCAUAUAAAUUUGAUGAUCAAUCACACGCAGCAUGUGACAAACUUCAGUGCUUGAACACAAUGCUUUGUUUGAAGCUGACUGUACAGUAUUUGUUACUCACUUUGAUAUUUUGUGUUCUAUGUGUUUUGCUUAACUUUGUUCAAGUCAAUGUGCCACAGACUUAUGUGAGUACAGCAUGUAUGUCUAUAUAUGGAUUCUGUAUUUCAUGACUGUCGUGAGCCCCAGUGAACUAUGGGCUGCAUUAAACUUUUACAUUUUGUUUUCCAAUUUCCAA